CAUUACUCUGGUGACCAGAGUCUGGUCCCUGGUACGCAUGCCCAAAAAACACGCCAAACCUGGUGAUUUUGUUUCACAUAACCUUUUCUGCCUGGUGGGUAACGAGGGACGUUCCAGUUUUGUAGUAUCAUACAAAAAUCAAAAUGGCUAUUCGACCGGUGUAUAGGCCGACAAUUGUCAAAAAAAGAACUAAGAAGUUUAUUCGGCAUCAGAGUGACCGUUACAGCAAACUAAAGAGAAACUGGCGUAAACCAAAAGGUAUUGACAACAGAGUUCGUAGGCGCUUCAAGGGUCAAUAUUUGAUGCCCAAUAUUGGUUACGGAAGUAAUAAGAAAACACGUCAUAUGCUACCCACUGGUUUUAGAAAAGUUUUGGUACAUAAUGUCAAGGAAUUGGAAGUUCUAAUGAUGCAAAACCGAAAAUUCUGUGCUGAAAUUGCUCACGGUGUAAGUAGUAAAAAGCGCAAAACUAUUGUUGAACGAGCUCAACAACUUUCCAUACGUGUGACAAAUGCCAGUGCAAGAUUACGUUCUCAAGAAAAUGAGUAAUAUCACGUUAUUUGAUUUCUUAAUAAACUAUUUACAGUAUG